AUGUCAUCCCAAAGAUUCUGCCUGCGGUGGAACAACCACCAAUCGAACAUGAUCUCGGUGUUCGAUCAGCUGUUACAUGAUGAGACGUUCACCGACGUCACGUUAGCUGUCGAAGGCCAGAACCUCAAGGCCCAUAAGAUGGUGCUGUCCGCGUGCAGUCCGUACUUCCAGAAAUUGUUCGCCGAUCACCCAGAGAAACACCCGAUCGUGAUCCUGCGUGACGUCCCAUACAAGGACAUGAAGUGCCUGUUAGACUUCAUGUACCGCGGUGAGGUUUCGGUGGGACAAGAACGAUUGGCGGCGUUUCUGCGCGUGGCUGAGAGCCUACGGAUAAAGGGCCUCACCGAGGUGAACGACGACAAAUCAACCGUACCGUCAGGAGCGACACCAUCGACGGCGACAUCCACCGCAUCAUCCGGUUCCACACAAACGGCAGCCUCCACAACGACGCCAGCAAGUGCGACAACGUCCUCCAAAGUGAGCGGUCCCAACAACACGACCGUCGUCGACGGUGAUGGCCACCGGUCCUCACCAGCCCCGAACAACAGUAUUUCCAUGGCACCUGGUAGUGCCGGUCAAUCCACCGGCCAAUCUCAGGCCGGCACCGGUAACAGCCAACUAAAAUCGCUCCCUCCACUGCUUUCGUCCACCGGCAUCGUAACACGCAGCCACAGUAAUAGUCUGCUGCAUCAACAUCAUCCCCAUCAACAUCAACAACAUCACCAUCAAGGUGGCAACAGUAGCAGCAAUGCUGCGAUGCUUCAGACAAACCCACUGCUCGGUUCCGCACUCUCGCAGCAAAAGCGCAAACGUGGUCGUCCACGAAAGCUGUCCGGCAACGAACCGGUAGAAGGCGGAGGCGCCAACGUCACUGGUCUCAAUUCUGGUGGAGGAGUCGUGGGAGGUGGCAGAGGCGAACCCGAGACUAGCAGCUUUGCCGGAGUCGAGGAAUACGACAGCAGCUCGAUGGACAUUAUGGACAUGAAGGUUGCCAGUAGCGGCGCAUCGAAUUCGGACGACGAUGAUCACCAGCAACAGAAACAGCGCAUUGUAAGCAGCCGAGUCACGGAUGAUGAUGACGCCGCGAUCCACGAUCCUUCCGAUCAAAUCGACGAUGAGGACGAUGAGGAUAUGGAGGACGAUGGUGAGGAACUGGCGGACGGUGACGAGCAGGAUCCGGAAACGGGUGACGUUGAUGAUCUCCACGGUACCACGCCGUCGUUGGAUGAGUCGAUGGAAGGGACCACUGCCGGCCAUACGGACGGUGGUGCGACGGUUGCAGCGAUGAACAAUAACAACUCGAACCGAACCACCGGCAAGCAGAAACAAAACAGCAGCGCACUGUCCAAGCCCUUUCGGCCGUCCAAGCGGAGCAAGCUGGGGAACCACGAGAACAGCAUGUCCGAUUCGAAGGAUUCAUUUGCGGAGGACGAAAAAUGUCCCCAAGGUGGUGAGGAGGAAGAAGAUAUCGAGGAGGAUGCGUACGACGAGCGUGAGUUAAACUCAAGCCUUAUGGAACCGCAACUGCUGCUGGAUGAGUACGACGAACCGGUGGAGUUUAAAUACGAUCCCCGCAGUGACAGUGGUGCCGUCGAUUCAACGUCAAGCAGCAAUAACAGCUACCUGCCGCCUUUGCAACCGAAACCGGGCCUAAAGCUGUCCGGCUCGCCCGGUGCCCUUGGAACGCGCAUGCCACAGAUCUCGGUCGUACCGACGACGGCGCUGCAAAUUCCAAAACUGGCCCCCCUAACGGCGGCCGGUGGCAGCAGCGGAAGCUUCCUCGUUGGUGGCUCCAACAAGAACACCCCGAAGCUGCACAAACGGGCCCGACUGCUGGCACCAAAGAAGCCGAACGGCAUGACCACCACUCAGACGAUUCUGAACAAUCUGAACAACAACUUGAACGACAGCCUGAUCUCAACCUCGAACACCGGUGGCGGUGCGGUGCAAAUCUCAAGCGUCAUGUCGGGGAUGGGCUCGGACGUGUACGACAUGUUCUCGAGCAGCAUCCUACGGUCGUCUAGCCCGCGUUCGAACUCGAACUCACCCUCAGUGAAGGGUGGUGGUAGCGAUGGUGGCUCGCGCACGCACAAGUACGCCGUGAUCGACGACACCGAGGGCAGCGUGCGUGAUUUCUGUACCAAAGAGGGUGACCACGUGUAUCGGUGCAAGGUGUGUGCGCGGGUGUACACGCACAUUAGCAACUUCUGCCGGCACUACGUCACCUCGCACAAGCGCAACGUCAAGGUGUACCCGUGUCCGUUCUGUCUGAAGGAGUUCACGCGUAAGGACAACAUGACCGCACACGUGAAGAUCAUCCACAAGCAGGAGUUUGCCCAGCAGCAGACGCCGGGUGGGACCUCACCCGCCAGUGGAAGUAAUUCCCGCUGCGAGGACUCGUUCGGGGGUUUGCUGGGACGCAACGAUUCGACGAACGGUGCUUCGGCGGCCACGGCCUCGAUCAUUAACGCGGUUGGGUUGCAACCGAAGAUGGCCUCCAACAGUGGUUCGGGCGGGAUCAGGAUAAUGUUUCCCACCGCCACUUCCGGUGCGUCCGGGACGAUCAGCAUUAAGAAGGAGUUUCAGGAGAAGUCUGCGUCCUCGUCCGGUGCCAACUCGCCGACCGGUUCCGUGUCGUCCAGUUCUAGUGGGUUGGCGGCCCAGCCGGCAACCGCCACCGUCAGCCAGUAG